AUGGAGGAGUCUGGCCGCAUUCAUGUCACUAUGACCGCUGGAGAAUACGAGCUAUUCAAGGAGGCCAAAAGGUUGGCAGCCUCGGAAAGACAGGCAACUGUUUCACGACCGCGACAAGCCCCUGUUAAAGCUUCUAAGGAGCCCCUCCCUGUUUCAGAUCGGGAUUCCAAAAGAAAGCAGCCUGAGGUAUUUCCUCAACAUCCUUAUUGUGAGCCUAGCAUAGGAUAUUAUCAGCUAGAGCCACAAGCACAAAGCCUUAAGAAGGAGCAACCUCAAGCAUCUGUGGCUGAGAGUUCACAGCCGCGGGAUUCAAAGAAGGGAAAGGCACUUGUCAUACCUGAAGUGUUCCUCGAAGAUCCAGACGAGAAAGUGGAGGAAGCACAAACAGCUCGAAAGAAGGCCGAAAGACCACUUCCUUCCACCAACAAGCAAGAAAGAAGAGCGCCUCAACCACCCCCUCAACCUCUACCGCGAAUCCGAGAAGCCAGACCUGCCUUUCAUCCCGGGCCAGAAAUUCGACCUGCCCCUCGAGUGGCUGCUGUACAUAUCCCCCGACCAGGGCCAUGGAAUAAUCGCCGUCGAGAUGGGUUUCCCCCGCCUGAGAUAGCUCCUCAGUUGAUCAAGAUGAUGGAAGAACAAAGGGUGGCAGGACAGGCCGGAUCAUCUCGUCCUGACCUUGCAAGGCCCAGCACUCAUCAACCUGGCCGGGGAAAAGAGCCAGAAGGAUCACGGGAGGUCGAAAAUAGAGGUAACACAGCAGUUAGAGAGAUCAGUAUGAUCUCUAGAGGGCCGACUGACGGAGAUUCAGGGAGAGCACGUAAGUCUCAUGUUCGGCAAUUGGAGGUUCAUGCCGUCGGAUGCAGUCAGGAGCAAGCUGCUGGCCCUGUCCUUAGCUUCGGGCCAGCAGAUCUGGAGGGUCUGGAGUUGCCUCAUGACGAUGCGCUCAUCAUCAAAGCCAUCAUUGCCAAUAGCUGA